GGGAGGGGGUCAGUGUCCGCUCGCAGCGCGCCGGAGGGGCGGGCCCGGCCCGGAGCGGGCAGCUAGCUGCGCCUCGGGUGGCAUUGUGUGUCCCAGCGUGCUGGAGUAGUCCCUGAAGAGAGGCGAGGCUGAGCCCGGAGCACUGGGUUGCUUCAGCCGGGAAGACUCCCUUCCCCCCUGCUUCUGGCUGCUGAGCACCAAGCAGCGCUCAGAAUGGAAGCCAUCGCCAAAUAUGACUUCAAAGCUACUGCGGACGAUGAGCUGAGCUUCAAAAGGGGGGACAUCCUUAAGGUUUUGAAUGAAGAAUGUGAUCAGAACUGGUACAAGGCAGAGCUCAAUGGGAAAGACGGCUUCAUUCCCAAGAACUACAUAGAAAUGAAACCACAUCCGUGGUUUUUUGGCAAAAUCCCCAGAGCCAAGGCAGAAGAAAUGCUUAGCAAACAGCGGCACGACGGGGCCUUUCUAAUCCGAGAGAGUGAGAGCGCUCCUGGGGAUUUUUCCCUCUCCGUCAAGUUCGGAAAUGACGUACAGCACUUCAAGGUGCUCCGCGAUGGAGCUGGAAAGUACUUCCUCUGGGUGGUCAAGUUUAAUUCUUUGAAUGAGCUGGUAGAUUACCAUAGAUCAACAUCCGUGUCCAGGAACCAGCAGAUAUUCCUGCGGGACAUAGAACAAGUGCCACAGCCCACGUACGUGCAGGCCCUCUUUGAUUUUGACCCCCAGGAGGAUGGCGAGCUUGGCUUCCGUCGGGGAGACUUCAUCCAUGUCAUGGAUAACUCUGACCCCAACUGGUGGAAGGGGGCUUGCCACGGCCAGACCGGCAUGUUUCCUCGCAAUUACGUCACUCCGGUGAACCGGAACGUCUAACAAGCCAGACAGAUUAUUUAAAGAAAGUGGAAAGUUGAAAACAUACCAGUGAAUUACACCCACCAGCGGCCUCCCGUGGGGAGCCGGAACACCCGGCUGGGCCAUGCUGGUGACCAGCUCACUUUGGUUGGAACUUUGGGGGGGGUGGUGGGAAGGGGCGUUGGAUAUCAAAAUGCCAAAACUUACCUAUGAAUUAAGAAGAGUUUUUAUUACAGAUUCUCACCGCUGCUCCUGUUUGCCUCCUGUGUCCUUUUUCUCCUCCUUUUUCUCCUGUCCCUCAGUGCAUGACGUUUUAAGGCCACCUAUAGCCCCAGCUGAUGCCAAUAAUAAAAGAAAAGAAACCAA